CUUGGAAGCUAUCAAUUUCUUAAUGGCUGAAAGGAACGAAAACCCACCUACAUAUGAUAAAACUGCGUUCGACACCAUUCCAACUGGAGCCGUCAAUGUUGAUGGUGUCGUGAAUCCAGCUAUGUUGCGUGCACAUUUAGCGCUCUUGGCGAAAUUCAAGGCAUUGGAACAACCGAACAAACAGAUUGAUACAAGAUAUUUGUUACGUGCGCAGGAGCGUUAUGUGUUGUGGUUAUAUUUACUCGGCAGUAAAAAUUUUGACGAGAGGACAAUGCCGAUUCCGCCCAUAGACGUUUGCUAUAUAUGGCAUUCCCAUUUGCUUUCGCCACUAAGAUACUAUGAAGAUAUGCGUCGAAUUUAUGAUCCUAAACAAACAUUUCCAGAUUUUCCAUUGAAACGAUUGCAUGAUAUUUGGGAAAAAAAUGGCGGUCAUGUCGAUCCUGAAUCCGAAAGAAUUUGG